UGUUAUCUCAUCUUCAGACGCACGCAUUUUUCUUUUCUCCUUUUCUCCUUCAGUGGGCUUCAGUACCAUUUCUCGUCUUGUUCACCCUCCCCAACAUCGAUACUAACACAACGAGUAACGGUUUAACAAGUGCAAUUCAAGUAUUUUAUUUUAGAAUGUAUCGCUCAGCAGCUACUCUCAACCGGGUCAGGGCGCUGGCACCGCUAGCAGCCAGAGCGACAAUGCGCGCAUCGCGCAUCCUCACUAGCCGGGCGGCGCGGCCCAUGGCGAUGCGGCACCUGUCGACCACGCGUCCGUCGCUGAACACCUCUGACAUGGCCGAAGUGGAGGAGCCGCGCGAGGUGAUGGAAUACGACGUGGUGAUUGUGGGCGGCGGGCCGGCGGGGCUUUCGGCGGCGAUCCGGCUGAAGCAGCAGGCGGCGGCGGAGGACAAGGAGGUGAAUGUGGUUUUGAUUGAGAAGGGCGGGGAGCUUGGCGCGCAUACGAUGUCGGGAGCGUGCAUCGAGACGGGGCCGCUGGAAGAGCUGUUCCCGGACUGGAAGGAGCGGGGAGCGCCGCUGAACCAGCCAGCGCUAGAGGACCACAUGCGGUUCCUGACGGAGAAGCAUGUGUUCCCGCUGCCGCACCCGCCGACUAUGAGCAACGCAGGCAACUAUAUUGUCAGCCUGAGCAACGUCGUCAAGUGGCUGGGCGAGCAGGCGGAGGAGCUCGGGGUGGAUGUGUUCCCAGCGACAGCAGCGAAAGAGGUUAUCUAUGGCGAGGAUGGCAGCGUGCAGGGCAUUGUCACCAACGACGCUGGCGUGGACAAGCAGUUCAAGCCCAAGGACACAUUUACGCCAGGCAUUGAGCUGCGUGGCAAGGUCACGCUGUUUGCCGAGGGCUGCCACGGGUCGCUGACCAAGGGGCUGAUCCGCAAGCUGAAGCUGCGCGACGAGGGCAAGUUCCAGACAUACGGCAUUGGCAUCAAGGAGGUGUGGGAGGUGGACCCGGCCAAGCAUAACGCGGGUGAGGUCACGCACACGAUGGGGUACCCGCUGGACUACCGCACGUACGGCGGCGGACUGGUGUACCAUAUGGAGGACAACAAGGUGGCGGUGGGCCUGGUGGUGGGGCUGGACUACCAGAACCCGUACCUGUCGCCGUACAAGGAGUUCCAGCGGCUCAAGGCGCACCCGUUCGUGACGAAUCUGCUGAAGGGCGGGCGUGUGAUCUCGUACGGAGCGCGGGCGCUGGUGGAGGGCGGACUGCAGUCGCUGCCGAAGCUGUAUUUCCCGGGCGGUGCGCUGAUCGGCGACACGGCCGGGUUCCUGAACAUGCCCAAGAUCAAGGGCACGCAUAACGCGAUGAAGAGCGGGAUCUUGGCGGCCGACGAGGCAUACAAGGCCAUCGUGACGGAGGGCCGGGGCGAGGACGGGGCAGCGGUUGAGCUGCAGAGCUACGAGGAGGCGUUCAAGAACAGCAGCAUCUACAAGGAGCUGUAUGAGGCGCGCAAUGUGCGGCCGUCGUUUGACACGGCGCUGGGGAUCUGGGGCGGCAUGAUGUGGUCGGGCCUGGACACGAUGUUCCUGAAGGGCCGGGUGCCGUUCACAUUCCAGCACAAGCACCCGGACCACGCGAUGCUGAAGCCGGCUGCGCACUUCAAGCCGAUCGACUACCCGAAGCCCGACAACGAGAUCACGUUCGAUAUCCUGACCAGCGUGUCGCGCACCGGCACCAACCACGCCGAGAACCAGCCGGUUCAUCUGCGGCUCAAGGACCCGCAGGUGGAGAUUGCGCAUAAUCUGCCCGUGUUUGACGGCCCCGAGCAGCGGUUCUGCCCGGCCGGUGUCUACGAGUAUGUGGAUGAUGAGGCAAAUCCAGGCAAGAAGCGGUUCCAGAUCAACUCGCAGAACUGCAUCCACUGCAAGACCUGCGAUAUCAAGGACCCGUCGCAGAACAUCAACUGGACUGUGCCCGAGGGCGGCGAUGGCCCGCAGUACGUUGACACAUAA